CCAGCUCGUUGGGUUGCGACGAGUGUAAACAGACGGCAAUGGCUGCCGAAGGGGGUGGAGGCAAUAACAACAACAACGACGAAAUGGGGAACCACUUGCAACUCUUACCAGAAAAUGAGGAGGAGGAGGAGGAGGAAGAUGAAAUGGAAACAGAGGAUUGUGAUGGUGAGGAUGCAGAAAAGCCGAGCAUCAUCAACUUUGAUCCCAGCCUGCCGACUUCGCAUGCUUAUUUGGGCUCAGAUAUGGAGGAGUUCCAUGGCCGCACUCUUCACGAUGAGGAAAGUGUUCAAAAUCUGCCCGUUCUCCCUCAUGCUGCUCUCAUACUGAUCCCAGGCCAGACGCUACCUCUGCAGCUUUUCCGACCACAGGAGGUCAGCAUGUUCCGCAACCUGGUCAGCCAUGACCGCACAUUUGCUGUGCUUGCACACAGCCCUGAUACCAGUGAUGGGGAGCUAAAGGCAGAGUUUGGGACAACUGCUGAGAUCUACGCCUUUCGUGAGGAGCAGGAGUAUGGAAUUGAGACAGUGAAAAUCAAAGCUGUUGGGCGUCAGCGUUUCAGAGUGCAUGACAUUCGCACACAAGCAGAUGGGAUUCGUCAGGCAAGGGUGCAAAUUUUGCCUGAGAGGAUUCUGUUAGAUCCUCUAAGUGCACUGCAAGUUGUGCCCCACUUACACACACACAGUCCACCCAUGAAACCCACACAACCACAAAGCCAAGUACAGUGCUGCAAGACUUACAGACAGAGGAAGUUGUAUCCUGCUUGUAUGACCCCAUGGCCUCCCUGGGUAUAUGCCCUGUAUGAUUCAGAGACUCUAAUGACCAGAGUAAAGAGACAGCUUCAUGAGUGGGAUGAGAAUCUCAAGGAUGAAUCUCUGCCUACAAAUGCUAUAGAUUUCUCCUAUAGGGUAGCUGCCUGCUUACCAAUAGAUGAUGCUCUCAGACUGCAGCUGCUGAGGAUUGGUAGUGCUAUUCAGAGACUACGCUGUGAACUGGACAUAAUGGACAGGUGCACCUCUCUGUGCUGCAAACAGUGCCAGAACACAGAGAUCACAACCAAGAACGAGAUCUUCAGUCUGUCUCUGUAUGGACCAAUGGCAGCUUAUGUGAAUCCUCAUGGGUAUGUUCAUGAGACACUGACUGUAUACAAGGCUAGCAACCUCAAUUUGAUUGGAAGACCCUCUACACUGCAUAGUUGGUUCCCUGGGUAUGCGUGGACUAUUGCUCAGUGUCGGACCUGUGGCUCUCACAUGGGUUGGAAGUUCUCAGCAGUAAAGAAAGAUCUGAGUCCUCCACGCUUCUGGGGUCUGACUCGUUCUGCCCUUUUACCCACAAUCCCUCAAGGCGAGGAGGGAGUGGAGGGAUCACGCUUGCUCUGCCUGUGACCUCAGCAUGGCUCAUGACAUAUCAAUCCACAGUGCAUAAGAACACAGACAUCCACUGCUUCAGUUGUCCUCCACCACCCCCUGAAACAUCACACUCCAGUCUGAAGAGAGAGCAAGAGACAGUACCAAGACAUAAGAGACAGGAAAUGAAAAAUGGUGAAGGAGGAGUAAAGGGUCAGAGAGGGACAAAAACAAACUUUGUAAUUUUCCUUACAGUAUCAAAACAAAUGGGCAACAUUAGGCAUCUUAUCAGUUUAAAUAUAUUUUACAAUCUGACAUGUUUUGCUCAGUUUUUGCUGUAGUAACUGCUGCGCUCAAUUAAGCAGACUUAAGUGUAUAUAGUGACAUACACUUUGAUGUCCAUAGCAACCCCCUCCCACUUUGCAAAGUAAAAGUUCUCAUUCUUAUGGAUGAGUAUCAUCAAAAGGGCAUCAGAUGGUUUUUUGGUAUCAUGUUCAUGAAUGGGUGUUCUGUAAAGGGGAUGGGCUUUGGCCAUUAUUGGCCAAAGAAAGAUGAUUUUAUUAAAGUUAAUAUAGAGAAAGGGGACAUUCUAUACACAUAGGUGUGCCAUGUGUGGUACUGGAUGCCACAGUAACUGCUUAUGGUGAUGCUAUUGGGGCAUAACUGUUUAUUGUAUUUUUGUAUUUUAAAAAAAUAUUCUACUUUUCCCCUUUCCCGCAUCUCAUUUCGGACAAUGAGAAUGUGAAUGAAUGUAUGUGUUAUACACUAAAAGUUUUUGUUAAGAGAUGUGUUAGUAGAAAGGUUUAUGUAUAGCUCAACUUGGGGAAGCCAGACCUCACAUUUCUGCAAAAUGGAAUAUAAAUAAACACUCCUAACAAAGCCAAA